AUGGCGAUUUUGAUAACAACUAUCGAGUGUUGUUAUUUCAUAACUGCAUCCUAUACUUGCUCACUCAUGCUCACUGGGUCAUCUUUCUCACUCCCCCACGAUAUUCACGAGGAUAUCGAUUCCUCCAAAUUUUCCAGAUAUAUAUCCACAAGUGUCUGGAUAUCUUUCGCUUUCGUGACGUCUGCUUGGACGACUUGA